AUGUAUGUGACAAGGCCUCUGUCCUUGUACAGGAAAUUCCCAAGUGCCCUUUCUGCAGACACACCAGAGGGUCCAUACACAGGCUAUCUAGUGAUUACAGAUGAAGAAUCUGAAGCACAGGAUACAUACUGUUUUGGUGCCUGUAAAAAGAAGAGAGUUAAAAGGAUCCCAUUUCCUCAGGAUAAGAUUUUAAAUGUAAUUCAUUCAUCUGAGUAUCAAGAGCCUUUAUUAGCUAAGAAAUUUUGGUUUCUUCCAGUUCUUGACCAGCCUUUAUCUUCUAGCUGCUACUAUGUCAUCAAAGCUAAAGGCAGAUACAAAGGGCAAGCAUGCAGAUGUUCAAGGGAUGUGGACAUGGGCUUAUUAUGUUGCUUCAAGGAAGUUAUAAAAGAUGUAAAACCAAAGCCAUUGGAUCCCAGAAACAUAUACCAGCAAUUCAAGAUUCAUCGUCAUCAUGGAAGGAGUUUCUUCGCUAAGUCUCUUGCUCCUUAUGGUUAUCCUCCAAAAUUGCUGAGAAAUAAAGGAUGGGAAGUUAAAAUCUCAUCGUCAUCAGCGUACAAAUUUCAACUAAGAGAUGAUGAUGCUUUAGGCCUUGAUGACUCUCUCAGGAUACAACUUCCCAGCUUCAAUUUUCCAAUAUCCAGCAGGAGUUCAUCCUCUGUUAUUGUUGGAACAUGGUACUGCCCAUUUGUGUUCAUAAGGGAAGAAGCCAGAAUAAGAGAACAAAUGAAGAGAUCAAUGCUAUACAAGAUGACCCUUGAGCAGCACUGGGAGGAGAUUUACUCAUGUGAUAAUGUUAACAAUGAAACUAAUGCUAUGAUUAUGGUUAAUGCAAAUGUGCAAAGAGAAGUAGACUUGGUGUUUGGCAUGGAAGCUGAAAAGGGUGAGAGAGUUGGGCAUGGAGCGUUCAUUUGGUACAGAGCAGUUGGGAACAGUGAUAGGGGGAGGUAUAGAGGGCUUAGAGUGGGUUUAAGUUUUGCAAUUGCAGAGAAAAUGAAAUGGGUGUUAGAGGCAGGAGGAUGGGUUGAUGGGCCUGAGAGGACUGUGAGAAUAGAGAAAAGAGUUGAAAUUAGAUGUGAAAGCGAGUGUGAAUGGAGGAGAUUAUCUUGUUUUGUGUUGGUUGAGAGUUUUGUUUUGAAGAGAAUGGAUGGAAGUUUGGUGCUUAAAUGUGAUUUUAGGCAUACCAAUAAAAUUAAAUGUAAAUGUGAAUGAAAUUUUCAGUUGAUUAUAUGUUUGCUUUUUCAACA